UUCCUAUUUCUCACUUUAUACCAAAGUGCGUAGAGAAAGAGAUAUGGCUCUAAAUACAUGGAAGCCAUUCCUAACUAUUGUUUCUCUACAAUUCGGAUACGCUGGACUAGCGAUCAUAGCGAAGUUCGCUCUGGACCGAGGCAUGAGCCCUCACGUUCUAGCUUCAUAUCGCCAUAUCAUCGCUACUAUUUUCAUUGCUCCAUUUGCCUUUUUCUUGGAUAGAAAAAUACGGCCAAAGAUGACGUUGUCUAUCUUCUUCAAGAUAGUGUUGCUCGGAUUAUUGGAACCAACAAUUGAUCAGAACUUAUACUACACUGGUAUGAAGUACACUUCCGCGACUUUCACAGCUGCAAUGACCAACAUUCUUCCUGCCUUUGCCUUUCUUAUGGCAUGGAUCUUCAGACUUGAGAAGGUUAACAUCAGGAAAAUACACAGUCAAGCCAAGAUUCUAGGAACAGUUGUGACUGUUGGUGGAGCAAUGCUUAUGACUGUUGUGAAAGGACCUUUAAUUCCUUUGCCUUGGGCUCAUCCUAAUGACAAUCAUCAAGACUCAUCAAAUCUUGGUGUCAAACCAGAUCUUACCAAAGGCGCACUCCUCAUAGCUACCGGUUGCAUCUGUUGGGCCGGUUUUGUCAAUCUCCAAGCGAUCACACUUAAAUCAUACCCGGUAGAGCUAUCCUUGACAGCCUACAUAUGCUUAAUGGGGUCUAUUGAAAGCACUAUCGUGGCGCUUUUCCUUGAAAGGGGCAACCCUGCUGCUUGGUCCGUCCAGUUAGAUUCCAAAUUGCUAGCUGCUAUUUAUGGUGGGAUAAUAUGUUCAGGUGUUAGUUACUACGUUCAAGGAGUAAUAAUGAAAACUCGAGGACCGGUGUUUGUGACUGCUUUCAAUCCAUUGAGCAUGGUCAUUGUUGCGAUUUUGGGUUCUAUACUUCUUGCUGAGGUUAUGUACCUUGGAAGGAUUCUUGGAGCAAUAGUGAUAGUUCUUGGGCUCUAUUCCGUUUUGUGGGGCAAAAGCAAAGACGAACCAUCUGAUUCAUUUUCAGACACGGACAAUGAGCUCCCACUUAGUAAUCUGCAAGUUGUGACAUUCUCGUUGAAAGAUAACGCAGAUAUGGAGACAAAGGAUGCAAAUGUUGUGACCUCUAGACCUAUCACCAAUGAAUCAGUCUGAAAUAAACAAAGCACUAACGGCGAUUAUCAAAUAAUGAGUCCCACUUCCAGUAACCGCCUCGGUACUGAUUGGUAGAUUCAAGAGUGAUGUUAUUGUAAUGCUAAUUUUGGCUUUAUUAAAUUUUGUAUCCGGCUAUGAUAAUAUGAAAUGUUUUGCACUAAUAAAAGUACCUUUUUAUGAAUAAUUAAUAUAUGGUGCG